AUGGUGAUCACGGCGAAAGCACAGGGCAGACGCAAGAGUCCUGGCAAGGCCAAGCCUGAGGGUGCCCCCAAGGCAAAGUCUGCGUCACCCCAGACGGUGUCGGAGCUGGCCCAGGCCGCGGACGUGAUGGAGGGGAAGAGGCUCGAGGAUGCGCAGAAGGAAGCGGAAAAGGAGUGGCAAGAGCUCGAGGCGGCCAACACCGAGGUUGAGGAGGGGGGGGCUGGUGGUGGUGACGACGGGAAGGGAGAGAAAAAGGUGCCCGCGCUGCUGCAGAUGGCCGCCAACCAGGUCCAGCAGGACGAGACGCUGACCGAGGAAGAACGCCGCAAGCAGGCGGGAAUGCUCCUCGUCCGCGCCGACGGCGUAACCGACGAGAACAGCAACGCCUCCGCGAGACCGUCAAACACUGCCACCGCCACCAAUGGCAAGAGCGGCGGCAAGGAAGGGAGUUCCGCCCCCGAAAAGGAAGCGUCGUCGCCGGCGGGGAGGGGGGGCGUAGCGGAGAAUAGCGAAAAUUCCGGGGGGGGUGCGAGGCAGGCGCAGCUGGCGUCGCUCCUGUGCAAGGCGGAGCAGUACUCGAUGUUCAUUCGACAGUCGCAGAUGGACGUAGAGGCGAGUCGGCCAAUCGCACUCACGAAAGAGGAAGACGAGAAGGGGGAAAACGAGGACGCUGCUGCCAAGCAGGAAAACGAGGACGACGGAGCCGGUAGCGGGAGAGGGCGCGGCGGCAAGAAGAGGUCUCCUGGGAAGCGUUCGCCGUCCUCUCGGGGUAAAAAGGGCAAGUCGUCCGGCGGCAACGCCUUCAGUUCAGCGGCUAGCAAGAUGAAGAAGGCGAAGGAAGAGGCCGCUGCUAGGGAGAAGGAUGACGGCUCAUUCCGACAGCCUUCGAACCUGGUGGGAGGGACCCUGAAGCCGUACCAGCUGGAAGGUUUGCGGUGGCUGGUCACCCUCUACGAGAACGGGCUGAGCGGGAUCUUGGCGGACGAGAUGGGGCUGGGCAAGACCAUCCAGGUGAUAGCCUUGAUCGCCCACCUUCGCUCGAAAGGCGUUAACGGACCGUUCCUCGUAACGGCGCCUCUCGCCACCCUCCCGAACUGGGUCAAGGAGUUCCAGAAGUGGCUUCCCGCUGUGGACGUGAUCUUGUACCACGGCUCUAAGGACCACAGGAGUGAACUGCGCCGGACGGUGAUGAAGCCAAGGUUGGCGAGAUCGUCGUGCUUUCCCGUCGUCGUCACCAGCUACGAGAACACCCUCGAGGAGCUGUGGUCCCUGCUGAACUUCGUCAACCCUCACAUCUUCGACGACCUCUCGAUCUUCCGAUCUUGGUUCGGUUUCAAGAACAUCGGGAAGGAGACCAGCGUGGAGUCGAUCGUCGAUGAGCAGCAGCACUCCAAGAUCGUCUCCAAGCUGCACGAGAUCCUCAGACCGUUCCUGAUCCGGCGCAUGAAGAAGGACGUUCUGGCCAAUGACGGUCUUCCGCCCAAGAGGGAAGUGGUGGUGUACGCCGGCAUGACGUCAUGGCAGAGGGGCUACUACGACCUAGCGGGGAGGAACGCUCUGCGGCAGGCGCUGAUGGACAUGGGCAUCGAGGGCGCGGCGCGACUGAGCGAGAUCAACAUCAACAUGAACCAGCGCAAGGUCUGCCAGCACCCCUUCCUGUUCGGCGAGCCCAAGGACAAGAUGACGGGGGAGUAUGUAGGCAUCAAGAACCCCGAGAUUCUGGUGAGGGCGUCCGGCAAGGUUGCCUUGAUGGACCGCAUGCUCAAGAAGCUCCACGCGGGGGGGCACAAGGUGCUCAUCUUCUCGCAGAUGACGUCGCUCCUAGAUGUUCUAGAGGACUACCUCCGGCACCGAGGGUGGGAGUUCCACCGCAUCGACGGCUCGACCGACGUCCUGGACCGACAAAGGCAGAUCGAGGAGUUCAACUCCAACCCCAAGUUCUUCGUCUUCUUGUUGUCGACGAGGGCAGGCGGUCUCGGCAUCAACUUGUGCGCUGCUGACACGUGCAUCCUCUUCGACUCCGAUUGGAACCCUCACCAGGACAGCCAGGCGAUGGCUCGGUGCCACCGCAUCGGGCAGCAGAAGCCCGUGAUGGUUUAUCGCCUCCUCACCACCGGUAGCGUCGAGAUCGAGAUGAUGGCCAAGCAGAUCUCGAAGAAAAAGCUGGAGAGAGUAGCGGUGCAGGGCGGCGACUUCGGGAAGGCCGGCAGACGCACGUACGGCGAGAUGACAGUCCCGCACCUCCGGAAACUCCUGGAGGAUGACGUCGAGGACCUCGCCAAGCGCGCCCUUUGUCCCGAGGCCGGAGACGGCGUUGACCUGUCCAUCACGGAGGAAGAGCUAGACGGCAUCCUGGACAGGGAAAGAGUCUUCGCCUCCGCCGCGGGGUGGGGGGACUCCUCGCUCUCGGGGGGCGCGCGGUGGGGAAAGCGGGGGGACGGGGGGGGCGGGGCGGGGUGGGGGGAGAGGACGGGGGGGCCCGUGGUUCCCCUUCCUCGAGAGGGGGAGAUGUACGACGUCGUGGAUGAGCUGGACGCGAGCGUCUUGAGCUCUAUGGAGGGGAAACUGAGGGCUUCGUUGGCCAUGGGGGGAUGCCCCCAACGAGUGUAUUGUGGGAGGGCAGGCACGCAGUUGUGGGAAAGAUGGACGAAGGUGUCCGUCAAAAGUUCGUUUCAAAGCCCGUCCAACUAG